AUGGCUUCCACAGAAAAUAUUUCCAAUGAUAUGGCUGCCCCCUUCGAAGUUCUUGUGGAUGUUGCUUAUCGCAAUCCCUUUUCAAAGUAUCAACAAAUAUCUCAGUUCCCACAGCAAAAAACUGGACCAAAUCCAAGUGAAGAAUCAAUUUUUCAUGGUGAAGUGCGCGAUGCACGUGAUGCGGGACCUUCAUUUUUGAUUCGUGGUGCAGUUGGAAGUUAUCUUUUGGAAGAAAAGAACCGAACCCUAUCCAAUUUUCUUGAGGCAAAAAUUGCAAAAUAUACAACGACGGACUUGAUGUUGUGCCUAAUAACUUGCCCGGACGGAAUCCAAACGGGACAAUCCGAACGUCGAAUUGACAUCAAUGACACAUUGAUUCUCUCCACAGCGAAUACUACAAUUGGAAAACUUACGGAGGACCUAAUGAAUUAUUUCCAAAUCAACAGAAAAUAUAUGACACUGGAACUGAGAAAUAGUCGGAGAAAACCAGAAAGUAAUCAACUACAUGCAAAUCUUCGUUCGGUUUCUCACCACGCACAUAACAUAAAUCAAAAAUGGCUCAAGUUCGAGAUGAUAUUGAAGCCAAGUGAAAAAAUAACAUUGGAUAUCGAGAAGUUUGAUAACCAAAUGAUUGAAGAGAGAAGGAAACAACAAGAAAAUAAUCUUCGUUUAUUGAUUAGAACAAAUAGAGUAAUCAAUGGAUGUACUCCACAUGAAGUUCAUAUUCCAAGAGGAGAUUCAUCCAAUCUGAAAAGACUAGCUAUCGACCGAGUUGAUGAGAUGGAAAUCGAAAAGAAGAGAAGUUCACAGCCUCACGAAGUUGUAGAUGACGAUAUGCCAGCAUUAGAAAAGGAAGGGCCAUCAGAAGAUAUAGGAUCUGAUAGCAACGGUUCGGAGCAAAGUUCAUCGUCUGAAUCAGUUCCCUCUCUGCAUGAAACUGUCCGAAUGGAUCAUAACCCGACUCAGAAAAGGACAAGAUUGGUUCCAAACAGUACAGUUAGUUACGCUCCAUUACCACUCCAAUCUCAACAGAAUGAUGCCAUGACUAUCAAACAUAUCAGUGGUAUGGUUUUACAUAAAUUGGAAGAACAGCGGAAAAUGGAUCGAAAUCAGUUAUUCGAAUAUAUUAGAAAAGGAGAAACGGAUCGAGUAGAAGAAAAGAGGAUCGAAGACGCCUCACCCGAAGAGCUUGAAAUGAGAUUGCAAAUCGUUAUCAGUGAAUUUAUACAAACAGAUAUUGAAAAGAAACUAAACUCAGCCAAAAGAGGAUUGAACGAAAUCCAAGUAGUGCUAAGGACGCGUGCAAACUUUAAUACACAAGAAGUCGAACAAAUUCACGAGAGGAAUCAAUUUUUUGAAAGGGAAAGAACGACAAACACAGAAAUGCUUUGCGCUGCUCAGUUUCAUACGGAUGGAUUGAAAAAUGCAUGGAAUCGAAAGAAGAAUUCACUAGUUGCAGUAAAACACCAACAGCACCAACGUCCAAACUUCGAAAUUCCAUCUAGAUCGUAUCCAAUUGUUUUUCCGAACGGACAACCGGCACAAAGCAUUAUGGAUAACCUGGUUCCUAUUGGUUCUUAUCCUGUUAUGAGUAUUCCAAAACUAAUGAAAACAGUGAAUGGAAUGACCUCGGAUCAAUAUAAAUCCCAAGCCCAUCGACCACAGAUUCAAGAAAACAAACUUGUAACAGUUCCCACUCCAUCUCAUCCUUCUCAGCAAGUACGAUAG